AUGGAUAUUUUUAUUGAGAAUUAUAACUACGAAAAUAGCAAACAAUGGCUAAUGGAUUAUGAAAGUUUAUUGUUAAAAUGUGUUUUUGUUUAUAUUGUAACAAUAUUUUCUUUGAAAUUUGUUAUGGCAAAUCGAAAGCCUUUUGAUCUUCAGAUGCCACUAAUUAUUUGGAAUGGUCUUUUGGCAGUAUUUUCUAUUGCCGGAUUUGUAAGGAUUACCCCAACGUUUAUCAGUACAAUCAUGAACAAAGGAAUUACACAUACAUAUACUGAGAUUGGUGAACUUCAAAAAGAUCCAAUCGCCGGCUACUGGGCCUUUGCUUGGUGUGUCUCUAAAAUCCCAGAACUUAUUGACACACUUUUUGUUGUGUUGCGAAAAAGGCCACUUAUGUUUAUGCAUUGGUAUCAUCACGCGCUGACGGGCUAUUUUGCUUUUGUUACCUUUUAUGAAGAAAAUGCUUAUAUGGUUUGGGUUGUUUGGCUUAACUACUUUAUUCAUUCAUUUAUGUACUCUUAUUAUUGUGCUCGAGCAAUACGCUUUCGUGUACCACCACAACUUGCUCAACUACUUACUUUUGCACAAAUUUGCCAAUUUAUGAUAACGCAUGCUGUCAUGGGACAUUUGCUUUGGCUUUGUUAUUCUAAUACAAAUAAAGUUUAUGCUGUUACUAAACGUGGAUUUUCCAUUGGGGCCUUCAUGGAAGUCACUUAUAUUCUACUUUGGUUCCGUUUCUACUAUAUUAGUUAUAUAGCAAAUGGUGGAAAGAAAUACACUCAACACCGGAUUGCAACUCAAAACGGGAAAAUACAGCAAAAGAUUGAAUAA